UUGUAGGCCGAAACUUAUGCCUCUGAAAUCCCUGACUACUCAGAAGUUAGAAAGUAUGAACAAGGCAUCAGAUAACGAGGCCAAAAACUUGAAAUCCAAAACGGCGAAAGACGUUUAAUGGUAUUUUACGUAGCGGACGUGCCUGACAGAAAUGACUGUUGGACCAUUAGUUGUUGAUGUCGUUGUGACUUUUUUCCUAGCUUUUAGCAUCAUAUACAGAUAUAUUAAUUGGAGACGACAUCACGUUAUCGUAAAGUUCGCAGUGCUAACAGGAUGGUACUUUUCGUUCCUCAUAAUCUUCGUUCUUCCACUGGAUGUAUCAUCUACUGUGUACAGACAAUGCUUGAAAAAGAAUAAUGUCACAGACUCUGAAAAUACUACUUCUACAGUCUGCCGUGAACCAUGGAGCUAUGUUGGAAACGAUCUGUAUUUACACCUCUGGCAUAUUGUCUAUUGGACAUCACAGUGCCUAACAUGGCUUGUACUGCCCUUAAUGCAGUCAUAUAUAAAAGCUGGGGACUUUACAAUCCGGGGUAAACUUAAAUCAGCUUUGAUUGAUAAUGCAAUAUAUUAUGGAUCAUAUCUCUUCAUAUGUGUCAUUCUUAUAAUAUAUAUUGCAGUAAGACCAAGCCGUUAUUUUUAUGGUCAGAAUCUGAAGACUAUUGCAUCAUCAGCCAGUAACACAUGGGGAUUAUUCCUGUUAAUUCUUCUUCUCGGUUAUGCUCUUGUGGCUGUUCCUCGAUCACUAUGGAAUGCGAGUAAGAAAGGUUAUUCUCUAAACUAUGCAUAUUUCAAAGCUGGAAAACUGAGUUUAGAGAAGCUGGAAGCUGAAGAAGCACUUGACGAUGUUUUGGAGACACUUUUGGGUGUUAAAAUGUCAGUAACACCAGGGCAUCCAUCAUAUAAAAAUGUAGAAACUAUUCUCCAAAAGCUUCCAAUGGAACUCCAGGACCGUAUGUGCCGUAGGCAACUUCCUGAUGAUGCCCCACUUGAUACACCAUCUGAAAAAGCAUUAGUUAGACUUCACAGACAGGUUAUAAAGACCUUACAAACAUAUCAUCGCACUGAGACACAGUGGACUAUUCUUGUGGAAAAAAUCUUUGAACUGGAAGACAUUGCAUACAAUCAAGAGAAUCGUGAUCAUGUAUUUAGGCCUACUUUCCGACCAGUGCGACCUGCAUUGCUGAAUUUGAUAUACACACCUACCAUUGAAUGGUACUGGAAGUGCGUGCUUCAGAACUAUAUUCUAAAACUGAUGGCAGUUGUCACUGGCUUGCUAUCCGUUGCUGUUGUUUGGUCAGAAGUUACUUUUUUUAACAAAGAACCAGUUCUGUCAUUGUUUGCAGAGUUCAUUAAUUUAGCAGCAGCAAGUUAUGAUUAUGCCACAAUAGAGGUUCUUUCAACAUUGGUCAUUGCAUACUUGUGCUAUUGCGCCUAUUCUACAGUUCUCAAGAUUAAAUUUUUAAACCUCUACUACCUUGCUCCACAUCAUCAGACAGAUGAAUAUUCACUUAUCUUCUCUGGAAUGAUGUUAUGUAGGCUCACACCACCUAUUUGCCUAAAUUUUUUGGGACUGAUCCACAUGGAUAGCCAUGUCAUAAAAACACACAUCAUGGAGACUUACUACACACAGGUAAUGGGACAUAUGGAUGUUGUGCCCAUUAUAUCGGAUGGCUUCAAUGUAUAUUUUCCUAUAGCCGUCCUGGCAUUUUGCCUUGCAACCUACUUUAAUGUUGGGUCUCGUAUUGUGUCAUGGAUAGGAUUUCACCAGUUUUUGGGUGAUGAAGAAACUGCAGACUUGGUUGCUGAUGGAAGAGCGCACAUAAGAAGAGAAAUGAGAAGACGUCAAAGAGUCGAAGACUCAGUAAAUCGUCGUAAAGCUUACGAAGAAAGGCUGCAAGACAGUACCCGAUACAGGUCAUCUCGAGAAGCUGCUGAUGAGAGAGUGCAACCUCUUCAUCGAGAAGAUUCAGGAGAAUCAGCUCGUGCGGUACUUCUGCGUGAUGUGGAACCUGUCGAUUAUGUAGAGACUGUGCCAGCAAGAAGAUUUACCCAAGGACGUAAUCAGUAUUACACCAAUGUUGAGUUAGAAUCAAAUGAAAAUAGUGUGCAUACACACACUGAUGACACGUUAUUGUAUCAGAAUGGCUCUGAAAGUAUUAUCGAACCUGCUUUUGGGUACCAGACAUCAAGAGAUAGACAUGGUCUUCCUCCAAGAGGAUUAUUUGAUGAUGUUUAAUUUUUGUUACAGAUAUAAAAAGAAAUGAACUAUUUACUAUACAAAGGAUAGAUAUUAUGUAUAAAAAUAUUGUCAAUCUGUUGUUACCUACUUGUAGGUACUAUGAUUCUGAAGGAGGUUUGACAGAAUGUGAGAGGUGACUUUGCUCAUCAUUGCAAGUGAUAUUCACAUUCAAAGUAAAGUAAAGCAAAGCACACAUUAACUGUGUGUUGAUUCUCAUAUGAAACUGUUUUAGUCAAUCUCAGCAUGGUUUGUAGUCUUACACCGAGUAUCAUAGGUUGAAAAAUUUUGCCUCAGAGAACUUCUACUCAGUUUUGGUCAACAGAAUACUCAGUUCAGAAUAAGUUAUAAUUUUUUUGUAAUCACAACAAAAAUGUGAUCAUUUAAUUCUGACAGUAAUGAAAGAUGUUACAUAUUCCUGUAUUUGCUGACAUUUAUUGUGGUUAACUUUUUUGUGUCAAUGAUUGUAUAUUUUCUAAUGGACAUACUGUGUAAUUUCUGUGCUAACUUUACGAGGGUGCGCUGAAAAGUAAUGCCUCCAAAUUUUUUUAUAUGAAAACUCAUUAAGAAAAUGCAUCCCCAUGCUGUUGCAAAUUGCAAUAUGCAUUAUUACAAACAGCACCUAAUAUUCAAAACAAACACAAUGUGCAUUUCAUAUGGAAAUUAAAGUUGGUGGAAGACUCUUAAAUGGUGGUUGUUGGCAGUCUGAGUUCCAAAACGUGCCCACGGCGAUUUCUCAAGAAUGCAGUAAGGUCUGAGCUUUUAGAACUCUGUGAGCAAAGGAGUACAUGUUUACGUCCAGUAACCACCAGACAUUCUUAAUUAUCAUAAUUCUGUUGGAAGACCCCAAGAUGUUCUAUGGAGAAAAGUCAGUAUUUAUAGGUUUACAUUGUCUGCUAGUUUAUUACUAAAUUAGUUAAAAGUACUUUCUGUGUGAAUACAUAAUGUGGUAGAAUGGUGUGAAAUCUCUCCCGGUAUUGGUGUUUGACAAAGUAAAAUGUGAAAUUCAUGAAAAAGGAUAAUACUUCACCAACUACUAGUUAUUUCUUUAAAAGGAAUAAAAUCCAAUAAGGUAAAGCUGUUUAACAGUAAACAGUGCAUUACUUUAGUGGGCUUGGUCCUAUUGGAGGUGGUAGUCCCUUACUUCACUCUAGCCUUUGAAGUGAGUUAAACCCAUUUAUAAUGGUACGAUGUGGACUCUGAACCACUUAGUGGAAAUACAAUGCCCACUAUUUGCUUUGAAGUUACAUAAGCAGCAGUGUUCACUGAACUACAAUUUAGACAUGCAUUUGGCAGCUUCUGAUUACGUAGACAAUGAGUACUUUAUUGGUAGACUCUUGUGUAUCUCUCACAUAUGUUCAUGGAAAAAAAACUCUGCUAUAAUUCUAAUGACAGCCCGUGCCUGACCAUAGUUUCCACAUGAGAUAUUUAUGGAGAUGCUGUUUGACCAUUAACAAUCACAUUUUCACUGUAAAAGUAUGUGACAAUUUGCAAACUGCAUUGCUUUAAAAAUAUAUCACUGUUGGCCCAAAAUGUUGAAAACUACCCCACUUCGCAACUUAGGUAACUCCUUUUAUAUGCAAAACAAUGGGAGACAUGUAGGGAAGAUAGCAUGUAUAUAAAUGCCACACCAACUCUCAACUCUUAUGCUUUUAAAGAUGCACACUAUUUCAUUAAAUGUAGGAAGUGGUCAUAGUAAUGUAAUUCAAUCAUGUACAUUAUAAUUGGUAGCUGAAAUACAUUGAGAGAUAACUCACUUCACAUAAGCAAUUUUUGCCAGUAACAGUGUGUGCAGAAAAGGUUUGAAAGCUGCAUUAGGUAGUAGGAUUUAAACAGAAAAGGUCUUUUGGUCCUUAGAUGCCAUCAACAAGAAGUCUUUUCUACUAGGUAAGUUCGUAGCAAUAAAUAAAAACAGAACAGUCAUGGAAAAUGUAGCCAAAGACAUAAAUACUCCUGCUUAGUGUGGCUCACUUUCAAUGCACCUAUGCCAUGAGAGGAGAGAAACAUGUUUUUAUCAAGUAAAUUUAACGUGAGGAGGCGGGGGAAGGAAAUGAAAGGGAGGAACUAUUGAUAUAAGCUGCUUCAGGAUUUCAUGUGGAAUCAGUAGCAAUGAGUGAAAAUGUGUGCCAGACUGGGACUCAAACCCGGAAUCUCCUUCUUGUUAGGCAGUUGCACCAUCCAGAUACAGUGCUUAUCCCAAAUGUGUGAACUGUUUUGACAGACUCCCCAGCCAACUCGCAUUCCCAUCUAGCGGCACCUAUCCACGGUCCCUGUCAAUGUCCUCCAUGCUUGCCAAUUUUAGAUUCGUGUGAGAGGUCGAAUGAAAUGUGCAUCUGCACUGAAGAUUGUGGAUUCAUUGUCCAUCGAGGCGAAUCAGUUACAUGAAUGUGUCCAAAAGAACAUUCAUAUAAAUGUGCUUUUAUCAUCAGCAUAUGUCUGUAAUACACACACAUUCAUUACACUACAGCCUAUUUUCAUGCAAAUUACCACGUCAUUACAGCUCCCUUUACAAACUCAUCAUGCAGAUGCUAAAUAUUGUUAAGUACAAAACCUGGAAGGGAUGUUAUUUCUUUCAUGAGACACCACAAAAAUGCAUGUGGCUAAAGAAUACAACGAGAAGUACUACAUCAUAAAGACUGAAUGCAAAAUUACAGUUUUAGACAAGUCACAAUAUGAUUUUGGUCUGUAGAUAAUUUUUUUUCAUGUAUAUAAUUGUGACGUUCACAUGUAUAAUACCGCAAAGGAAGAAAGAAGGGCAAAAAAAUUACUUUAUAUGAACAAGUGCAUGUACAUAAUGUUCCUUGUUAAUCCAC